AGUGAGCGGGGAGGGGGCGCGGGCGACACCCAGGUGUCGCAUGGCGGGGUCCACGCGGUGACCUGCCUGGGAGCACAGCUUGCACGCGUCUGUGCUAGGGCACCCCAGCCAGUCCCCGGUUCCCCACGCACACUCGGGGGAGGCCCGCCCCGCCCGCUGAGCGCUGUUUUCUCCAGGUCCCGGGCCGAUGUCCCAGGUGAGCGGUCAGUGCCUUCCUCUCUGCGACGCGCCCCAUGGAGUCCCCAGCGCUGCCCUGGACCCAGCCCAGACCAUGUCCCUCCUCCCCGGGCUGGAGGUAGCAGCAGGAUCCACUCACCCUGCAGAAGCAUCGUCAGGAGAGGGCUCCCCGGAGGAGGUGGUACCCUCCAUGCCCCAAGACAGCAGUCUUGGGGCUCACCAGGCUCUGAACAGCACUGACCUCGAUGUUCUCACAGAAGCUGUGACGUGCCAGCCUCAGGGGAACCCCUUAGGCUGCACCCCACUACUGCCAAAUGGCUCCAGCCACAACCACCCCUCAGAACUGGGCAGUGCUGGGCAUGCGGGGAAUGGUGCUCCAGGAGGCCCCAAGGCCCACCGGAAGUUGCAGGCGCACCCAUCUCUGGGCAGCCAGGCUGGGAGGAAGAGCAAAGGCAGCCCUCGGUCGGCUUCCCAGGUCCCCCUGCAGGCACAGGAAGAUUGCUGCGUCCACUGCAUACUGUCGUGUCUGUUCUGUGAGUUCCUGACACUCUGCAACCUCGUCCUGGACUGCGCCACCUGUGGCUCCUGCAGCUCAGAGGACUCCUGCCUCUGCUGCUGCUGCUGUGGCUCCGGCGAGUGUGCGGACUGUGACCUGCCCUGUGACCUGGACUGUGGCAUCGUGGACGCCUGCUGCGAAUCGGCAGACUGCCUGGAGAUCUGCAUGGAGUGUUGUGGACUCUGCUUCUCCUCCUGACGCCCCAGAGCAGCCCCAGAGCUGUCACACAAAUCCUGACACCUCCCCUGACCCCAGGGCCCCCCCCAGAAUCCCAACCCAGAUGUGAGAAGGUGGGAUGGCCAGAGGAGCCAUCUCAGCCACGGGACAGGUCUUUAUCAGACAAGCCUGCUCUCCUUGAUGGGUGACCAGGAACACGGCAUCUAGAACCUGGUGGGACAGGACCAGUUAGCUGCCAGGACUCAGAACACUGUGAAAGGUAGGGGUGGGGGGUGGAUGGGAGGCCCAUGUCCUUCUCUACCUCUCUGCUCCAGGUGCCCACCUCCCUCUGCUACCCCAGCUUGGAGGACAGAAAAUGUGAAAAGACACCUGCCCGGCCCACUGCCAGGCCCCUUCCCUCCUCCUCGGCUCAUUUAGGCUCUUGUAGGGGCCUAACCCUUAU